CUUAUAAAUAAUCUGUGUAAAAAAAUCAAGAAAAUGUUUUUAAAGAAUAAAUAUUUAAAUAUCAACAAUCAGUACAAACUUUAAAAUAACUUAUAGAAAUCACUUAAAGAAAUGAUUUCGUAAAGCACAAACUACCAUCAAGAUGCAGUGCUGCGUGCCUUUCUGCGUAAAUACUUCAGAUAAUGCGUCAAUAUCUGAGGGACCAGGAAUUACCUUUCAUGAGUUACCCAGUAAAGAAAAUCUCCAUGCUGCUUGGCUCAAAGCCCUCGGCACACAAGACCAUCACCUGCCCGACCCUGCUGUGGUCUGCUCACAGCAUUUUUUAGAUGAGGACUUUUAUGAAACAAAGAGUUGUGUAAGACAGAUUUGCUCUAAUGCUAUACCUACAACAGUGCAGAUGUGCAUGAUAUGCCUGGACACUGACAGCAAGCUGUCUCUAAUGAGUAAACACAAGUUGGAGGAGGCAUAUGAACAGCUAACUGGACUGUCUUUGUUUCAGUUGUGUCGUGGAGGAAACCUGAAGCAAACACUCUGUGUGCUGUGUGCUCAGAGAUUGAUUAACUUCAGUAGAUUUAAAGACUUGUGCUUGAGAGCCCAUUCACUGAUGACAGACUUACUUGCACAAGAUGAAUUAAUUACAAUACAACAUAAAGAAUUGAUGAACUGCACAACAAAACAUCUGAAGUUUAAUUUGACACAAAUCACAUUAGUUAAUCAUUGUGACUUGUACGUAGAUCACACUGAUGAAGAGGAACAGACAGCAGCAGAGGAAUCUAUAGUGGGAGUUGUUGCAUCAAUUGUUCCAAAGAAGGAAGACAGUUUUGACUCCAUGUCAAAUUCGGAUUACUCGGAAUUGACUCAUAAAGAUGACAAUUUGAUAGACAAUGCUUGUGUUUCUAAUAACAAUUACUCCAAUACCAGCAUAAAGUUGGAACCAUAUUCACUGGAUGAAGGUACGAGUAUACAUGAAUCACUUCAUGCGAAAGCUGGAGCUUUCUGUACUACACUUACAGAACAUGUGCCUGAAACAGAGAAUUUUAUUAAGAUUGAAAGUGUUACAUUUGGAUGUACGUUUUGUCAUGAAGAGUUUAUGCAAGAAAAUGAAUACUAUGAACAUAUGAGCGAGCAUCUCCAGUACGCUGUCGGUGACGCUGCAUGUGAUGCAUCACAAGUGUGCGAGCCUUGUGCAGCUGUGAGCCGCAGCGAUGACUCACUCGUGCUGCAGAACAAGUCAGUAUACAACGACGCUGCAUGUGAUGCAUCACAAGUGUGCGAGCCUCGUGCAGCUGUGAGCCGCAGCGGUGACUCACUUGUGCUGCAGAACAAGUCAGUAUACAACGACGCUGCAUGUGAUGCAUCACAAGUGUGCGAGCCUCGUGCAGCUGUGAGCCGCAGCGGUGACUCACUCGUGCUGCAGAACAAGUCAGUAUACAACGACGCUGCAUGUGAUGCAUCACAAGUGUGCGAGCCUCGUGCAGCUGUGAGCCGCAGCGGUGACUCACUCGUGCUGCAGAACAAGUCAGUAUACAACGACGCUGCAGGUGAUGCAUCACAAGUGUGCGAGCCUCGUGCAGCUGUGAGCCGCAGCGGUGACUCACUCGUGCUGCAGAACAAGUCAGUAUACAACGACGCUGCAUGUGAUGCAUCACAAGUGUGCGAGCCUCGUGCAGCUGUGAGCCGCAGCGGUGACUCACUCGUGCUGCAGAACAAGUCAGUAUACAACGACGCUGCAUGUGAUGCAUCACAAGUGUGCGAGCCUCGUGCAGCUGUGAGCCGCAGCGGUGACUCACUCGUGCUGCAGAACAAGACAGGAAGUCGGAGGCUGAAUGAUGUCCCUCCCCUGGCUGCAGACUGCGCUCAGGCUUUAGUCGCUCCACUGUCCGCGAGACUUGCGGCAAACAACGACUACAAAGUGCAGGCAACUGAAGAAGCAGCUGCGACCCGGAAAACUGAACAAAUCCUUGAGACUGACAUUGGCGAACUGGACAACCAAUCAUCUCAGAGCGGCACUAAAAUAUACACAGAUAUAAAUAGAUUUACAAAUACUGGCGAAAAGCUUUGUGAGAGAGUGAAAACUGCCGACAAGACAAGACAAGGUAGUUUUGUUCGUCACUUAAAAACCAACACUGGCGAAUUACGCUAUUCUUGUGAUGUAUGCCAUUAUAAAUGUGCACAGAAAAAUAAUUUAGUACGUCACUUAAGAACACACACUGGCGAAAAGCCUUAUUGUUGUGAGAUAUGUAAUUUUAAAUGUUCAGAUAAAAGUGCCUUAUCAUUACAUAUUCUAACCCAUACUGGUGAAAAGCCUUUUUGUUGUGAGAUAUGCAAUUAUAGAUGUGCACACAAAGGUGAUUUAACAAAACAUAAAAUAACUCACACUGGCGAAAAGCCUUAUUCUUGUGAGAAAUGCAGUUAUAAAUCAGCUCAGAAAAGUUAUUUAAAAAGACAUCAAAGAACACACACCAACGAAAAGCCAUUUUCUUGUGAGAUAUGCAAUUAUAAAUGUAAAAUGAAAAGUGAAUUAAAUAGACAUGAAAGAACACACACUGGCGAAAAGCCCUUUUGUUGUGAGACAUGCAAUCAUAGAUUUGCAAACAGAGGUGAUUUAAAAAAACAUGAAAGAACGCACACUGGCGAAAAGCCUUUUUCUUGUGAGAUAUGUAAAUAUAAAAGUGCACAUAAACAUAAUUUAUUAAAUCACAUGAAAACCCACACUGGUGAAAAGCCUUUUUCUUGUGACAUAUGCAAUUACAAAUCUUCAGAUAGAUUUAAUUUGUUGCGGCAUAUGAAGAGAAAAUCACACGCUCACGCCUCUAGAGUAAUUGUAAUAAAAUAGAAAGGAGGUUCUACUUCUAAGUUAUCAAACUGUUACUAAGAACAUAGAUAAUAAAAAGCCGUGAGACUUAGA